AUGGACCGGCCUGGGGCUGACGUGUGGGCCACCACCUUCCACCAGCUGAUGGCUGAGAGGAAGCCUCAGGACACUUGGGUGCUGCUCCCUGAGGACAGCCUGGUGGCUGGCCGCCUGGACCACGGCUGUUUCCAGUACCGCCUGAAGGGGCGUGCAAGGUUCCAGUGUAUGCGUUGCUCGUGGGUCUGGGGCUCGGCCCAUGUGCAAACCCUCUUCCAUCUGUGCUGGGAUGAGGACAGCCGCCAGGGGCUGGUGAAGAUGCGUGUCUGGGGCCCAAGGUGCAAGCUGUGCCCUCCAGGUGCCUCUGGGGACUGCCAGGUGAGUGCCCCAAGCACAUACCCCUUCCUCAGCAAGCUGGCCCUACAUGUCCUACGCAGGUGCUAUGGUGAGAACCCCGGCCCUGACCAGUGUCCAGGCUUCUACUGCAAGGCUCCCAGCGACAGCCUGAGGUCCUGCGAGGCCUGCAGCUUGGGCGUCUGCUUCCUGCAGAAGGUGCCAGGCUUCACACCUGCUCCAAGAGCCAUCUGGGGCAGCUGCAGCACGUACAGCGGCAUGGGCCUCACCAUCAGUGCCUCCAGCGGUGAGGGCAGUGUCCUGCGCAGAACACAGCUGCUGGCCUUCGACAGCAGGCCCAUGGUCAAGAGGUCCAGGGGCAGUGACCUCUACAACAUGCACCAGGGCGGCUUCACCGUCCCACUUUCUGUGUCUGGAUUCAUCAGGAACCCGCUCACGGAGAGCAGCCACUUCUUUAGCAGGGGUGAAGGUGUCAUCACCAUCCCUUUCUCCUUUGCGGAUGGGAGCAAGGACGAGGGUCCUGUUGCCAAUGGCAGCAGCUGUGUCCCCACUGAAGAUGGCUCUGUGCCAGCCACUGACACCAGAGCUCCGGUCACCAUCGGCAAGGGCUCCCUUUUUCUUUCUGCCAAUUCCAUGGCCAUGCCUGAAGGCAAGGGCAUCCCGGUGAACAUCAAAGCCCCGAUCUUCCACGGCAAAGGCCUCUUAACCAGCAGCAUGGAGAACAAUGGCUAUGAGCUCAAGGGCUUUAUCUUCCAAGGCAAAGGAUCUCUAUCUGACCCAGUCAACGUCGCCAAAGUACAGGGCCUUGUCUCCAACAGUGAUGGCGCCACUACCAAUGGAGAGAGCUCAGUGCUAGUGUCUUAUAUUGUUGGCCUCAUGGCCAAUGGUGAGGGCUCCAUCACCUUCCCCUUGUCGUUCAUCAACAUCAUUGAAGGCAAGGACUCCUUCCCUGAUACUGAGGGUGCCAUCACCUUCCCCUUCAUCUUUGCUAAUGGCGCCAAAAACCAGGACUCUUGCAUUGACAUCACCAAAGACAAAGGGAAGGAAAAUGGAGGCAACGGUCCUGCCACUCCUGGUGAUGACCCCCUUCCAGAGACCAACGCUGGGGGCCACAUCACCAGCGAUGAGCGUGCCAUCACCUCCUCUGAUGACAUCAAAGACAACAACUCUUCCACUGACACCACCAAAGAUAAAGGCAAGGAUAAUGUCAGCAAUGGCCUUCUCACCACCAGUCAUGACCCCUGUCCAGAAUCCAGUGCUUGUGGCCCCAUCACCAGUGAGGAGACUGUCACCUAUUUCUCUACUGACGAUGUCCAAGAUAAGAACUCUUCUGCUGAUACCAUGGAAGGCAAAGAGAAGGAAGAUGGAGGCAAUGCCCUAGCCACCACUGGUCACGACUCCCUUCUGAAGACCAGCACCGAAGGUCCCAUCACCUUCAGUGAGGGCUCCAUCACCAUCCCCUUUUCAGUCUUCAAUAUCAUUAGACACAAGGGCCUCAGCUCCAGCUCCAGUGCCAGUGGUCUCCAGAGCAAUGGCAUCCUGCCCUGUGGCUACUCCAAGAAGAAGCGCUUGAGGUCCCGGUUCAGCAAAUCCAGCUGUGGGUCCCGGAGGGAUGAAGACUUCUGCUUGGCCAACCCCAGGCAUGGGUCUCAUGGUGAACCUUAUGAAGACGUCUGGAUCUGGGUCUCAAUGACCAUCUGUGUCCUCUGGCUGAUGUGCAUGUACAAGCUGAGCCCCAGCAUCUUCCAGCAGCAAGCGUGA